AUGGUGUUCCAAAUCAAAGACUACGCCGAGAUCUUCAAAAUCCCCAACUUCGGAGGUAUACCGAACGAUUACUUCGCUGAUGAUCUUGGAACGGAAAAUGAGCAAGUCACUAAUCCCAUAGUUGGAGCUUGGUUCCGCAUUGAAAAGGGGCCAGAAUCUACACCUCCGACCUAUGAUUAUGAUGAGGUUGGCGUCGUGCUAGAAGGUAAAGAACCUUGCGAUUGCUACCAGGGAAACAAGACGAAUUCUUGUAGUUGA